UAACAAAUAAGCCCCGCCCACAUCAGACUUCUGUUUCAUGCUAAUUCUCCUUCUAAUCGUGUAUUCUUUUGGGAUUGCGCGUGUGUUUUAGCCAAACUCAACCUGUAAUUUACUGCAAAUGACAGGGUUGUUCUUUAAUUCACAUUCAUAUUCUAUUAUAAGAGCCAGUUAGGUUGUGCGGUGUUAAUAUGUCAGCUUUGCAGUUAGUCAUUGGCUUGGCAGUGGGUGAAAUGGGCUCAAAGUGCAAGCUGUGAUCAAACAGAAAGUCAAUUUCACACGCUGCCGAUGCGUCUGUUUACAGCACUGAGGGAGCGAAGGCCUUCUCUUGCUGCAUGUCUGUUGGCUUUGAGAUCGAAGGCGGCGCGAGGACAGAUCAGGCAUAUGACUUGGAAGGCAUUUAACUGUUCAAGAGGGAAAUCGCUUGUGGGAAGAAACUGUUCCUGUGCCAAGAUGCCUUGUGAUCUAAGCCGCCGUCCAGACGGCAACAAAGCCUGACGUGGGACAGAUAUGGAUCCAUUAUUUAUGGGAUAUUUUACCCAAAAAUUUCCCCUCAAGUUGUUCCAAACCUGAUGUCAUCAUCACUUCCUGUGGCAGCAGUUUGUCAGAUGACUGCCACCCCUGAUAAAGAGGCCAAUUUCAGCGCAUGCACGCGAUUGGUGGAGCAGGCCAAAGAGGGUGGGGCGAGUAUGGUCUUCCUGCCGGAGGGCUUCGAUUAUAUUGGCUCGAAUCGCGAGGAGACGCUGGCGCUCUCAGAGACUCUGGACGGUGACAUCAUAACCCGCUACACCCACCUGGCCAGGAAGCUGGAUGUGUGGCUGUCUCUGGGUGGAUUUCAUGAGAGAGGACAUGACUGGAAAACAGACCGCCGCAUUUAUAACAGCCACAUUAUCAUAAAUGGACAAGGUGAGAUCGUGUCGGUCUACAGGAAGGGCCAUUUGUUUGAUGUGGAGUUGACCAGUAAAGGUGUGUCUCUUAAAGAGAGCGCUUUCACUGUACCCGGACCUCGACUGCUUCCGCCCGUCCAGACGCCCAUCGGAAAGGUUGGUCUGGGCGUCUGUUAUGAUCUGCGUUUUCCUGAGCUGUCGUCAGCGCUGCAGAGACACGGAGCAGAAAUCCUGACAUACCCAUCAGCCUUCACUGUGGCAACAGGAGUGGCACACUGGGAGGUGCUUCUGCGGGCGAGAGCGAUCGAGACGCAGUGUUUCGUUCUGGCGGCGGCACAGGUUGGAGCUCAUCACGCCAAGCGGACGUCCUAUGGACACGCUCUGGCAGUGGACCCGUGGGGUGUGGUUAUCGGAGACUGUGGGGGUUCGGAUGUGGGCGUAACGCUGAUUCAGAUUGACCUGCAGGCACUACAGGACGUCAGAAGGGACAUGCCAGUGCAGCAGCACCGAAGAGAGAAGGACUUUUACUGCAGCUUGGACUGAAACUCCUAUUUAUACAAUGAACAUAACUUUUAUGUUAUAAAUAAUACACAUUGAUGCAUAGUGACGACUUAUAGUGUAUUAAUUCAUGACUUCUUAAUAAAUUUGACCCAAGUUGUAUUAGAAA